AUUUUUCGUUUGAAUGUAGUGAUGAGCAGAGCUAACCAUAUUCUGAUUUAAAGACAGCGGUCGAAACCGUACCAGGGAAAAGUGGUAAGUGUGAGUGGAUUUAUUUUAGCGUGCUAGCUUCUCCUAGGUGUUGUACAGUUGUUCAAUUCUAUUAUAUAUAGAACCAUAGUUUAAAAUAUUUAUUUAAUUCCUGGGCUUCCGUGCAAGUCUGGGGAUUUAAGACAUUUCUUCUAAGGGGAAUUAAUGCAAAGGCAACACAUUCGUAAAAGAGGAUCCAGUGCAAAUCAUGGGUUAAUCGAUUUAUGGUAUAGGCAAGGAAUCGGAUACACAUGUGUAAGGCAACUUUAUUUUUUUAUUUUUUUAGGACUUGCAUUGCAGUCUGCAGCCAACAACCUUACAUAAAAAUACUUUCUAAACAGUUUUUUAUUUAUAUAUUUUUUUUCCAUGACCCCAAGUAGAAUAUUCAAUUAGUAGAAUAUUCACAAUUAAGGCAAACGUAACCAAAGCAUAGCUGACUUGGAGUAUAUUUUUAUUUUGCCCUUGAAUUUGAAAUUCACUUACAUUUCCCAACAAUCCUCCCUUGGUGAAUAACCCUUUCGGUAGUUCAGUCUGCUCAGAGCCCCUGGUGUUCUUGUUCAAUCUUAGUGAGUGCUUGUGCCAUCGGUCUCAGUCUUUGACCGCUUACCACCAUUUUCGGGGCUCCCUAGCCUGAAGUAUGCUGCCUCUCCUUGACUAGCUGUACCAAAGCUUAACAAGUGUAUCAUCAUCUUUCAGAGCUUUUAUAUUUUUUCUCAAAGCUGGAGUAUACAACUUGCCUUGUCUUGCUGGAGUUGACACUUCAUGGCCAAAUCCAAUCAGUAUAACAUUGUGACUGAACUGCAAAUCAUGGCAUCGACAUCCAGAGAGACUCUCACUGCCCCAGAGAAACAAAAGCCCAACAUUCUGGAAAUAUAUGUUCAGCCUUGUUUGGUGGAGCUGCUCGGGACCACCUUAUUAAUCUCCAUAGUAUGUCUCUCGGUGAUGACCAACCCUGAUGGAGCAAGCCCUCUGCAGCCAGCCCUUGCCCAAGGAUUUACUUUGGCAUCCCUGAUCUCUGUGUUGGGCAAUGUAAGGUUAGUGUUGAUGCUCUAUGUACAGUGCUGAUUUCUUAGAUUCAUUCGUACUGCAAAAGUCUUGUAGUAAUUUAAAACAGAUCCUCUGCAAUACAUUGCAAAAACUAUAAGGCAUACAAUGGCCUAUAUGCCCUGUUUUUUAUCUGAAAUUAUUCAGGUGUAUUUAAAAUGUUUGAAAUAACAUAUAUAUCUACUAUGGGGACACGUAUUAUACAAUCCACUAAACCUACUCUCAUGGCACGCUAUAGACCCGCAUACACAUCUGGAACACUAAGACCCGUGAGUCUCAACGUUACAUCUCACUACCUCACAUAUCUCACUAACUCGCACCUAGGGACAAUCACAUAUUCUAUCGCUCGACACAACGAGGCGAAGUAAUAAAGUCAAAUGGAAGGAGGUGGGGAGAUGGAACUACAGAGUGUGAGGAAUAAGGGAAACAAAACCUUUACGUUACGAAAACUGUACAGGCCCUCCCCUCCCGACCUGCAUAUUUUGGUGUACUGCACGAUGUCAAAUAUUUUGCAUUAUUACGACCGAUGUUUCACUCUGUCAUAUAACAAAAAAGAUUUACCAAAAAAAAAAAAAAAGCAAUGAAACUCACGGGGUAACACGGACGAGAACCCCAGCACAAUGUGAUUAAUAUCCUCAAAUUGGUGGUAUGCUGGAGACCUGCGCGUCUCAACUUGUAAAGCUCUUUAAUGUAUGUAAUGCUUGUUUGAACUACUUAUCAAUAAAAAUAGAUUUAACAAAAAAAAAAAACAUAUAUAUCUACUCGACAGAAAAAAUGCUGACUAUGCUUGGAAUAUUCUUCCUUGAAGCCUGCACCAAAUUCACUAAAUCAGCUUGGUCCCUUAAAGGUACACUGUAGGCCCUGUAACUGGUUCAUGUCAUUGCCCGAGCCUCCAGUGGACUCUCAUUCAGUGUUAAACUGCUCCAAAAAGGUUUAACCCUGAAUGGAGGUAUCUGAAUGGAGGUAUAGUGCCAGGGGACUCAACACACUAUUACCACUUCAGUGAGAUAGAAUGUUAUAUUGUGUACAAUGUCCCUUUAAGUGUACACAAAAUUCUUUCCAUUCUCAGGCUAAUGUCAAUUUAUAAUGUAUUAAUGACUAUGUGUAUGGUAUUUAUAUACAUAUAUAUGUAUUUAUAAUGAGGAGGAAGGAUAUUUAGAAAUGUAAAUCGAACUUUAAAUAUACACAAAAUAAUGUGAAUUCAUGUCUACAGCGGUGGACAUUUCAACCCGGCUAUUACCCUGGCAGUCGUGCUUUGUGGUGGCAUGACGCCGAUUCUCAUCAUACCCUACUGGAUCUGUCAACUGUCGGGAGGGAUGCUGGGCGCUCUUCUUGCUAAGGUUUGCAUUGACAUAAAUCUGUAAUAGAUAUAUAUUGACAGACAUGGAUUCUACACCCUAACAAGCCUUGGUAUAAAAUAAUAACUUUAUUAUUGUAGACGUAUAUUGAAUAACGUUAAAUUCAGAGUGAAAUUAACUGAAAUGGCAUUUUUUUCUGUAUAUUUCAGGGCUUGGCAGACGAAGCGUCCUUUGUCAAUCAGACGGGGGCAGCUUGCAUGGUGAAUAGCAGAACCACUGUGGGCAAAGCAGUUGGAGUGGAAAUAGUCAUGACUUUUUUCCUAAUACUUAUUGUAUUAAUGGGAGUCGUGGGCGAACGAUCCAAAACCAAGCUUGCCCCUUAUUCUGUCGCUUUCACCCUAAUCGCUGCAAUUUUAAUAGGGUAAGUACCCCUUUUGCUGCCUUUUGUCACAGAAGCUUGCAAUUUUAUGGUACAUAGAAUCCACUAGUGUUUAAAAUGCCAAGAAGCACUUCAAUAGAAUUUAUUCAAAAUAUCUAUUCACUAUCCAAAAGAUAUAUUAACACUUUGAUGUCUUGAGGGUCCUGAAAUAUUGUGAUCAGUUUACUAGUAACUGUAAAACCAUGUAGCACACACAGUUCGUUACACAAUGAGUUAUAUCUUACACUUUUAGAUAUUAAGUGUGCGUAGUGUCAGGAUUAUAGCUGAUCCACAGUAUUAGUAUCACACUUAGGAAUAAGGAUAACCUCUAACCGGACCUUAGAAUGGCCGGACUUAACAUACCAGAGAAUUGUCGAAAUACUAGCCGAGGUCAGGAAUACAGAACGAAACAGAGUUGCAAGGAAUAGCCAGUAGUCAGGGAAACCAGAAUUCAAGGGAGUCAGAAUGAAGCCAAAGCCAAUAACCAAAGAAACACGAUCAGGAACACACUCUCGGAUAACCAGCAAAAGGAAACCAAGACAGGGCAAUGAUUAGAAGAAAUGAGUGAGUUUAAAUAUCCCUCUUGUGAAUCUGAUUGGCUGUACCCGACCUUUGACCCCAAAACGUGCGCGCGCGUCUUCUGCGUGACGUCACCCGCACGUCGACUUCACUUCCACCGUGGGCAGAUGUGGGGCUACAUAACAAUGUGGAUCCGCAGCGGCCGGCAUCCACCGGCAUGUCGCAAAAGCCCGGCCUUAUGGCAUAGGACCGCCGAGCAGCACUUCUCCUACUCCUGGAAAAGUGAUUUAUAUUGUGCAUAGCAUAUGGAGAGGAUGUAUACAUGACACGUAGCUGUCGAUUAAAUAAACAUCCAUAUCAUGACCCAUCAUGCAAUAAGCACUAGUGUAGUACUGUAGGAAGGCUGGAAUACUCACGUCCUACAGAGCGAUAACAAUGUAACUUUAGUAGCCAGAAGGCCCUUUCCUGGUUCUUCUAUAGAACACAAUGUAUCUUACCUGUGCAGGGGUCUGAGGGAUGGUCAGUUAGAAGACACAGCUAGCAUAACUGGUAUCAUGGUAAGAUAUUUGAAUAUAGUUUAGCGCUAUUUUAACAAAGGUGAACUGGUAAACCUACUCAUCCAAUAUAAAACCACCAGUAAGGAUCCCAGCCUCAAUGCAUCACGGGUAUUCACAGGGAAGCCUGCAAGCAAGCACACCACUGCCUCACCAAAAAUAAAUUGUCAGUUUACAGAAUAAUAAAAUAUUCAGUCUUGAAAAAUAAACAUUUCAGUCUUGCCCCAUGCAUAGUAAGUAGAGACAUCUUCAUCUGAAAUUAAUCCAAUAUAGGAAAAGUGUAGAAAAUAAAUCCUGAAAUUUCUUCUUUUAAUAUUAAAUUAAAAAUAAAGGUGUCCAUGAUGGAUAUUACUGCAACACAUUAAUUUGUUUUAAAGAGUCGCUGGGGUGACUGGCAAUGUUGUUGGUGUCAGGAAGCACGUGGUAUAAAAUGGUAACGAGUAUUCCUUGUUGUCUUGCAGAGGCUCCAUAUCAGGAUCCUGUCUGAAUCCAGCACGUGCUUUGGGUCCUGCGAUCGUAGCCAGCUACUGGGAUUAUCACUGGGUAUACUGGGUUGGACCUACAGUUGGGUCCCUACUAGUGUCUAUAGGAUUCAGGUAUGGAAUGGGCCUUGCCUAUUGUACUAUUAUUUAUGAUUCUUUAUAAAUGCAGUAACCACCUACAUCAUUCAUGGCCGAAUUAGAUCAGCAAUGACUUUCACCCCCGUUACACCCAUUGCGUUAUUUCCUGAUUUAGCCCCCAGAAAUGCCAUUUACUGAAGUGUGUUUUUAAAAAAUAAAUGAAAACAUUAUAAUUGGAACUAAGGCCUUACCCAGCGCUGAGAGAGGGGUGACUAGGUGGAGUUAAAGUGCCAGGAAUACAAGCUUGUAUUCCUAGCCUAUAGGUUCCCUUUAAAUCCUUCCUGUGCAAUUUGGCUCUGUAAAAACCCUAUUCCCUUGACUUUUGGGUCUGUCUCUUCUCUCCAUCUUGUGUCUGCAUCUUCAACUCCCACAUCUAUCACUGUGCCUUGUCUCUCAGGACUCCCUCAUCUAUCACCGUGUCUUGUCUCUCUGGAUUCCCUCAUCUAUCUCUGUGCCUUGUCUCUCAGGACUCCCACAUCUAUCACUGUGCCUUGUCUCUCAGGACUCCCUCACCUAUCACUGUGCCUUGUCUCUUAGGACUCCCACAUCUAUCAGUGUGCCUUGUCUCUCAGGACUCCCACAUCUAUCAGUGUGCCUUGUCUCUCAGGACUCCCUCACCUAUCACUGUGCCUUGUCUCUCAGGACUGCUUCCUCCUCCAUCGCCGAAACUUGUCUUCCCCUACUUCUACUCUUCCUGUUCAUUUCCCCAUCUCUCCUAUUUUUACUUUUAUUUUUUAUUUGUUCUUUCAUCCCUCUCUACAUUCCUUUCUGUUGUCUUCCUAUGUUCGUUCUCCUCAUCUACUCAUGCUUGCUCCUUUAUCUUCCCAUGUCUACUCCUCCUUUCUUCUCCUUAGAUGUAUCAUCCACUAGAAACAUAGAAAUAUAGAAUGCGAUGGUAGACAAGAACCAUUCGGCCCAUCUAUUCUGCCCAAUAAAUACUUCCAUUAAUCCCUGGCCUUAUCUUAUAGUUAAGAUAGCCUUAUGCCUGUCCCAUGCAUGCUUAAAUUCUCUCACUGUGUUAACAUCUACCACUUCAGCUGGAAGUCUAUUCCGUGUAUCCACUACCCUCUCAGUAAAGUAAUACUUCCUGAUAUUAGUUUUAAACCUUUGCCCCUCUGAUUUAACACCAUGUCCUCUUGUUGUGGUAGUUAUUCUUCUUUUAAAUAUAUAUGCUUCUGUACAAAGAGAGUCACACUAAUGUUAGGGGUGUGAGUGGCGGUGUGGCCAGGGUCAGGGAUGUUUUUAGAGAUUUUAGAUGACUAACUAAUAACAAUUUAAGCAGCUAUAAUGUAAUUUAGAACACAAACUAAGUAUCUUAUCUAUACAGACUGAUUUCUAAACACAUUUAUUGCAGUUUAAAGACACAUUAUUGUGAGUGUUAUUGCUGUGGAGCUCUGUUAAACAUUCACACACCAACAAUAUGGAGCUCCUAGAAAAGAGGGACAUCAGGAUAGAAAAGAGGGACAGAGGGAUUUGCAACACAAUAGGGACUGUCCCUCCUAAACAGGGACACUUGGGAGGUAUGGACCAGCCCUAUUCUGUAAACUCAGGCUUGUUAAGGAGAUCAGUCGUAUAAGUAUAUACACUAAACUGAGACUUUAUUAGAGAAUUGCUCCUUUUAGGUCAAAACUGGGAAAACUAUUGAAUCUUUUUUUUUUUUCCAGUUGAGAGACUUUGGCCUUAAGUGUGAAAUUCCAUUAUUUGACAAUAUAUUUAUCAACACAACUCACCAUAUAGAAAUUCUGACUUUGCUGCUAAGUAAUAUGAAAUUAUUAUUUUCUAGGUUUCUGUUGGCUGGACAGGCUCAUAGAUUAUUCUGUAAAUAAACAAGAAAAAAAACGUGGAGGGGGGAAAAGCACCAACCUUCUUCCGAAAAUACAAUGAGAUCUCAGUGAGCUUCCUGCUGAGCAAGUGGUCACUACAGAUUGACAGGAACAGAAAUAUACAGCAUUAUAUUAUAGCAUGGAUAUUUAUAGUAUACUGAUUUUAUAUAUAUAUAUAUAUAUAUAUUUUUUAUUUUUUUUUGCUAUAUUAAUUCCUGUAGGACAUAAGUCCAUGAACCAUGAUCCUUUAAUUAAAUUAAUUGGCCGCAGUUAUCAUAACGCUCAUCACGAUCUAUCCGGAGGACAAUAACCUAUUACGUACCCUAUAAUCAAUAUAUAAAGUUCAAAAUAAGAUUUUACAACAGAGCUGGUUACAGAUUAGAACCAGCAUUAAAUGUCCAGCAUUUUGUGGGAGAGUGAUCAAGAUGUAUCUUUGAUCUGUUCUAGACAUAUCUGCUAAGUGUAACUCCCUCAAUCACAAAAUACCAUGGAUGCUUCCAAUGGCUAAGUCUGUAUAUACUUAAUUUGCUUUAGAUAUUUAUAUUGCUGUUGACUGUUCACUAGUUAAGCAACCUUGGGAACUCCAGAUGGUGUGGACUAAGUCUCCCAUAACACUCUUAUAGCUAUAAUGUUUCCCAAUCAUGGGGAGAGAGGUAGUCCACAUCUGGAGCACCAACAGUUGACUACUCUGCGUGUAGUUGCUCUGUGCACCGGCCUGACUAGGUGAUAGCGCUGUGUGGUUUAUAGUUGGUGUUUAGUGAUGUCCCGAACGGUUCGCCGAACGGUUCGCGAACGGUUCGCCGUGAACGGUUCACCACGGACUCAUCAUUGAGUAAACUUUGACCCUGUACCUCACAGUCAGCAGACACAUUCCAGCCAAUCAGCAGCAGACCCUCCCUCCCAGACCCUCCCACCUCCUGGACAGCAUCCAUUUUACAUUCAUUGUGAAGCUGCAUUCUUAGUGAGCUGUCCAGGAGGUGGGAGGGUCUGGGAGGGAGGGUCUGCUGCUGAUUGGCUGGAAUGUGUCUGCUGACUGUGAGGUACAGGGUCAAAGUUUACUCAAUGACGAGUCCGUGGCGAACCGUUCGGCGAACUGUUCGGGACAUCACUAUUGGUGUUAUUUUACCCAAAGUGCAUUUGUGCAAAAAGCGCUGUUUACUAGAUAUGUCUUUUAUAUCAUAUAUUAAAUACUCAAUUUCUGUAAUAGCUGCUGUAACGUUACAAUAUACAAUUUCUCCUAGCAUAUAAAAACCAAACCAACAAUCAAAGUAGUGAAGCACUUAUAUAAAAGUUACCACAUAAAGAAUGUAAAAAGGGCUAAAAGUUAUUAAAAACAAAACACUAUCUAAAGUUAUAAAACAGGUGGCGUCUUUUAUUCACCUUAAGAAGAAUAGAAAAAACAUACAAUAGCAUAAAAACGUAAAUUAUAAUUGGAUAGAAUCCUAAAAAUGUAAUUUAACUAAUCCCGAUUGUGCAGUGUUGAUCUUUUAUACAGUAGUUUUGUAUUGCUCACUUACUACCUUUGAAUGUAUUGCUGAACUACAGAAUAAAAUUAAAAAAAUGGAAGGAAA